CUAUGGAAGGUAAACCCACAUAAGCAAAACUACCUUACAUAAUAAACAUUGAAAUUAGAUUGAAAGGUAGAAAUUAAUAUGGAAUUUUGUUGCAAGGAGUUCAAGGUAGGAAAGUGUGAAGGAGAAAAACUAGUGGAUGGUGAAACCCUUCCAUUGGUACUAGAACCUCGUGAGGCAAACAAGAGUGAGUUGGAAUCCUUGCUAUUGGCUUUGAAUAACAACAAAGAAUGGUUUGAGGAAAUGAUAAUCAAGAAUAGUGCUGUUCUCCUUAGAGGUUUUGAUGUCAACAAGGCUGAGGAUUUCAAUGAUAUUGUUGAAACUUUUGGAUGGGAAGACAUUCGGUAUGUUGGGCCAGCACCUCGUACACAUAUUUACAAAAGGGUAUGGACUGCUAAUGAAGGGCCCCUCUCAGAAUUCAUUUACUAUCACCAUGAAAUGGUUUUGAUUAAGGAAUAUCCAAAGAAAGUGAUUCUGUUUUGUGAGAUACCUCCCCCUGAAGGAGGAGAGACACCUUUUGUUCCAAGCUUUCGAGUGACAGAAAGGAUGGUUGAAGAGUUCCCAGAAGAAGUGAAAGAGAUGGAGGAAAAGGGAUUGAAAUAUUCAUUUACAGCUCCUAGUAAUAGUGAUACCACUUCCAUGAGAGGUAGAGGGUGGGAGGAUGCUUUUGGAACCUCAGAUCCUAAUGAAGCUGAAAAAAGGGCAAGAGGUCUAGGAAUGGAUAUAGAGUGGCUUCCAAAUGGUGGACUAAAGACAAUACUUGGACCAAGAAAUUUAACAAAAGUAUUUGAAGGAAGAAAAGGGAGAAGAAUGUGGUUUAACACAGUUGUAGGGAUGCAUGGAAAGGAGAUUAGCUCUGCCACAAUGGCAGAUGGAACUGAGAUUCCAGAUAAUGUUGUGAAAAGGUGUGGAGAGAUCAUUGAAGAAGAGAGCAUACAAUUCAAGUGGCAGAAAGGAGAUGUUCUAUUCUUAGAUAAUUAUGCUUUGCUUCAUGGUAGAAGACCUUCACUUCCUCCAAGAAAAGUUCUUGUUGCUACUACUAAGUAAUUUCAUAUUGUUUCUUGUAUUCAAUAAACUAAAACCAUACCAUCAAGAAUAUAUUAUAGUAAUGUAUCAUCCCUUUUAUAUACUUCAUCCAAUCCAAUAAAUUGUUCAUCCAA